AUCACCAAUCUAUAGCCAUGUCCACACAUCUGUCUGAGCCAUGGAUCGUCGACAUUCUCUCACCGGCAGCAUCAAAGGCUCAUACAUGCUUGCACUUUUAUGUCUUGAGAUCUUGAUUCCGCCGUUCUGUUGCCUUACGAGAGAGACCCUUGCUCCGAGAGCAAUGCAUGCCAGCAAUGCACCUCUUCUUGACGCCAUACUCGACGCCUAUUGGAUCGUGAUGCUUGGUCUAUCCAUGUCUUGAAAUGGAGGUGCUGCUUGAUCAAGAUUUCCCUUUGCUGACUUCGCUUGACCGCUCCUAUUAUGUACCAUCAACCACACGCUGCCCAAGGUGGUGUGCUAUGGAUAUCAGUAGCAGAUGUCUAGAGCAAUUUGCAUUUCGCAUCGCAUCAUCUCACCUCUC